CAAACUCCAACCGCAUCAACCCAAAUUCCAGCGCCAGUCCCCACCACCGCAGCCUCACGCAGAAGCCGUGUUCCCCACCGCCUCUGCCCGCCGGCCCGGUCGGUCGGGGAUGGUCCCGGCCAUGGUGCUCUGCUGAGGCGCGGCCCCCGGGGCCAGCAAGGAGGACCAUGAACCUGGUGGGGGGCUACCAUCACCACCACCACCAUCACCACCACAUGCUGCACGACCCUUUUCUCUUCGGGCCGGCGGCGCGGUGCCACCAGGAGCGCGCUUACUUCCCCGGCUGGGUGCUCAACCCUGCCGAGGUAACCCCCGAGCUUACGGGGCAAAGCCCUAACUACAGCCCCGCCGAGUACGGCCCAGCCGGCCAGGGACGGCUGGAGGCUCUCAGCGGCCGCCUGGGCCGGAGGAAAGGGGUCGGGGGACCCAAGAAAGAGCGACGGAGAACGGAGAGCAUCAACAGCGCCUUUGCCGAACUCAGGGAGUGCAUCCCCAACGUGCCCGCCGACACCAAGCUCUCCAAGAUAAAGACCCUGCGCCUGGCCACGAGCUACAUCGCUUACCUGAUGGAGGUGCUGGCCAAGGACAGCCAGCCCGGGGACACCGAGGGCUUCAAAGCCGAGCUCAAGAAGGCCGACGGCAGGGAGAACAAGAGGAAACGGGAGAUGCAGCCCGAGGUCUAUUCGCAGCCUUCGGGCCACGGCGAGAAGAAGCUGAAGGGCCGGACGGGUUGGCCCCAGCAGGUCUGGGCUCUGGAACUGAACCCCUGAGGGCUGCCGCGCCGUCGGCGCUCCCCGCUCGCCCCUCCAUGUGCAAUGUCGGAGAG